CUCACUUUAUAAAGGUUGGCAUCUGAGUUCCGCACCUGAUGUUGGGCUGUUGGAGAAAGACAUUCUGUCUACCUUGCACUGAGAAGCACCCUACCUGCACUCCUGGAAAAACUGUGGUAAGUUCAACCAUCCCUUUUAUAUGACUCUCUCUCUCUAUAUAUAUAUAUAUGUAUGCAAUCAUUACAGAAAAGAGAAAAAUACCUACAUAUAAUUGAUAUAUUAUAAUAAUUUGUUUAAUGUUGUACAACAUAGAAAAACCAUUAUAUUUGUCCAUAUUUAAGUUACAUUUAUAUUCUGCAAAUGCAGUAAGUGGAUUCCAUUUAUCCCUUUAAAAAACCCAUCUUUAUUGUCUACUUUCUGUGACGAUAAUUCAGUUCUGUAACCUUAUCCAUUUUUUAUACCUUUUAUUUUUAUUUCCUUUCACUGUUUUUUUCCAUUAUUAUUAUUUAUUUAUUUUUGCAAAGAGCAUGCCAGCAGCUACUCUUAGAUUCUGCAUUUACUCUUUAUUUGUGGGUCAGAAUACCCUAAUAAAAUUACCGGAGCCCAAUGGCAAUGUGCAAGUUCUUACUAAUAUCAUCUCUACUACCUCUCCCCUAAAAACUUUAAUCAUUGGACAAAUACAGGAAAUAUCUUUCACGUCCACCUUCAAAUAUCCACCUAUUCAACACUUAAAUAAUCACAGUGUGUAAAUUUUACACAUGUACGAUUGAUAGAGCAGUUUGAAAUGAUUUUCUCUGGUGUUAAAACAAAGAGAUUGUGUUGCUUCCUGAACAUGAAGGAGGCUGUGGCAAAACCACUCCUUAAGAAUCCGUCCCUGGACUCAGAAAAUCUAAGUAACUACCAGCCAUUUGCCAAUCCCCCCUUCUUGGGCAAGGUUAUUGAGUAGUAGUAGUAAUAAUAAUAAUAAUAAUAAUAAUAAUAAUAAUAAUAAUAAUAAUUUAUUUAUACCCUGCCCAUCUGGCUGAGUUUCCUCAGCCACUCUGGGUGGCUCCCAAUCAAGUGUUAAAAACAAUACAGCAUUAAAUAUUAAAAACUUCCCUAAACAGGGCUGCCUUCAGAUGUCUUUUAAAGUUAGGAUAGCUGCUUAUUUCCUUCAUAUCUGAAGGGAGGGUGUUCCACAGGGCAGGCACCGCUACCGAAAAGGCCCUCUGUCUGGUUCCCUGUAACCUCACUUCUCGCAAUGAGGGAAACAGAAGGCCCUCGGUGCUGGACCUCAGUGUCCGGGCUGAAUGAUGGGGGUGGAGACGCUCCUUCAGGUAUACUGGACCGAGGCCGUUUAGGGCUUUAAAGGUCAGCACCAUCACUUUGAAUUGUGCUCGGAAGCAUACUGGGAGCCAAUGUACCGUAUUUUUCGCCCCAUAGGACACACCGGCCCAUAGGACGCACUUAGUUUUUUGGGGGGGAAAUAAAGGGGGGGGAAUUAUUCCCCCCCCCCCAGGUGCGGGGCUGGGGCCGGGGAAGCCCGAGCUUCCCCCGACCCCAGCCCUCAGAACAGGCUGCUAUCCGCAAGCCGUGGGAGCCACAGCUAGCGGAGCGCUGCGCGAAGCCCGAAGCUUGGGGCGUGCUGAGCUCAGCGCGCCCCAAGCUUCUGGGUGCCGGCAAGGUCUCCACUAGCCGUGGGAGAGCUGCGUCUCCCACGGCUAGCGGAUAGCUUCCUGAAGCCUGGAGAGCACCGACCCCCCUCGCUCUCCAGGCUUCAGCGAAAGCCUGCAUUCGCCCCAUAGGACGCACACACAUUUCGCCUUCAUUUUUGGAGGGGAAAAAGUGCGUCCUAUAGGGUGAAAAAUACGGUAGGUCUUUCAAGACCGGUGUCAUGUGCUCCCGGCGGCCACUCCCAGUCACCAGUCUAGCUGCCGCAUUCUGGAUUAAUUGCAGUUUCUGAGUCACCUUCAAAGGAAGCCCCACGUAGAGCACAUUGUAGUAGUCCAAGCGGGAGAUAACUAGAGCAUGCACCACUCUGGUGAAUCAGUCUGCGGGCAGGUAGGGUCUUAGCCUGUAUGCCAGGUGGAGCUGGUAGACAGCUGCCCUGGACACAGAAUUGACCUGCGCCUCCAUAGACAACUGUGAGUCCAAAAUGACUUCCAAGUGGUGAAUGGUUGUGAACCAGAUCCAGGCACUCUUGGAGAAAACUAAUUUUCUAGAUCCAUUUUAAUCAAGGUUUUGGCCCAUUUGGGGCACACACAUGGAGUGUCCUUGUUAAUUCUCCUCGACCUUUCCAUGGGUUUCUGUACCAUCAACCAUGGUAUCCUUCAGGAACGGCUGUUCAAGUUAGGGCUGGGUUCUUGUCCUACUUGGAUGGUCAUUUCCAGAGGGUGAUGCUUGGAGAGUGCUCUUCAGCCCCAUGGAGCCUUCACUGUGGGGUUCCUCAGGGUUCAAUUUUAUCACCUAUGCUGUUUAACAUCUACAUGAAACCACUGUGUUGGGCUAUCCGGAGUACAUUGUCAACAAUAUGCUGAUAACACACAGCUGUGCAUCUUCUGUACAUCAACGGGUGCAGCAGUGGAUGUGCUGGACUUGUGUCUCACCUUGGUAAUAGACUGGAUGAAAGCCAACAAACUGAAGCUCAAUCCAGAUAAGACUGAGAUGCUGUUAGUGGGCAAUUCCCCAGCCUGGAUGGAUGGGAGGUUGCCUGUUCUUGAUGGGGUUGCCGUCCUUUGGAAGAAGUGAGUAUGUAGCUUGCGGGAGCCUUCUGGAUCCAUUGCUGUUGGUUUGAGGCUCAAGUAGCCUAAGUGGUGCAGAGUGCCUUCCAUCAGUUUCGGCUGGUGGCCCAGCUGUGCCUAUAUCUGGACAGGGAUAGUGUAAUUUCUGUUGUCUCUGCUCUGGUAACCUCUAGGUUAGAUGGCUGCAAUAUGUUAGAUGUGGGGCUGCCUCUGAAGGCGGCUUGGAAAUUCCGGCUGGUGCAGAUUCUGGCCACCAGGUUGCUCACCGAGGCAAGACAGUUUGAGCAUAUCACACCAAUCCUGGCCCAACUGUACUGACCACCAAUUAGUUUCUCAACCCAAUUCAAAGUGCAUUAAGGACCACCUCUCCCCAUAUGAAUCAUGGGUGACCCUUUUCUUCGUAUGCCUCCUCCACAAGAGGUCUGGAGGGCGGUUGCACAAAAACAUGCCUUUUAUGCAGUGGUUCCCCAUCUGUGGAAUGCUCUCCAGGCAAAAACAUUGCCAUGUUUUUGGUCUGUUUAACAUUCUGUGUCCUUUUAAAUAUGUUUGUGAGAGGAGGGUUAUGGGUUUGUUUUGUUUUCGUUCUUCCCUUUAUUAUGUAUUUUGUAUUUUUAUCUAUGAAGUGCCCUGAGGUCUUUGGGAGAAGGGUGGUAUACACAUUUAAUAAAUUAAUUUUUAAAACAAUUAAUAAAUUCUCAUGUCAGAGAGGAACUCUAGCUCACUUCCAGAGUCCAUGCCUUAUUAUUCAGAACCAAUCAGGAGGCGGCUCUUCCUGUCUUUGUUUCAGACCCCACCUAUUGCUAGUUUCCCUGCCUUUCACCUCACCAGUGACCACUGAUUUUUUAUUUCUGUGAGUGCCUUAGUUGUACUAGGAGAUGACAAGCACAGCUACCCAUACCAUGUGGAUACUUUACAGCUAGAAGAUGAGGAAAUGGGAAACGUCAGCAAAACCAUCACUCCACCACCUCAGUGAUGAACUGGCAUUUUAGAGACUCCAGUGAGUUCUGAUUUUGAAAGUGCUUCCUUGCUGAUUCUCUGAAUGUUUCUGCAGAAAAUCUGUUUCAUCAACUGAGUCUUCAACGUUGCACUUCCUUCACCAUGCAAGCUCUCCUGGGACUCCUCUUCUUCUCUCUGCUUCUUGCUACAGGUGAGGACUUAGUAGUUGAUUUUCUUUCCACACCCCAGAGGGGAAUUGUCCUGAAGGCAUUAAUAAGGUGGAACAAGUUCAAAGCUGGAAUCCUUUCACUUUGCAUGAGGAAAAAAUCAAGUAUAAUUCCUUCAAGCAAGGAUUGCUUGGUUUGACAAAGGCAGGUAUUGAACUGGAAGGACUCAGAGGCCAUCUAAGGUGAGGGAGUUCUUCCUGACCUCUUGCUUAAUUCAUAUAUAUUUUUUUUUGGGGGGGAGCCAUUGAAUGCCGAUUCCAUCACCCAUGGGAGACCCAACUCAGUUUAUGUUCCAAGGUAAUCUCAUUAUCCACUCAGGUGGGAUUUACCCAUUUCUUCAGGCAAAUAACUCAAACAUCUGCAUCUCUUUCCUACUCCAGGUGCCUCUUUGCAGUGUGAGAUUUGCACAGCCACCGGACAAACCUGUUCCAGUGAUAAUGUGGAAUGUGAUCCUCAACUAGAUACCUGUGCCGUUGUUCAGUAUGAACCCACACGUGAGUGAAAAGGAUCAUUACCCAGGCCAGAUGAAUGAAUGGGGUCCCUGGUUGCACAAAUCAUAUAAACAAAUGAAACUCUUGUUCUGUUGAAUAGUCCAAAGCUGUCUCCAACUAACAGAAGCUGCUCAAGGUCUCAGCCAACUCUCUUUCCCAGCCCUGCAACCAGAGACCCUUUGACCAAAAGAUUUCAAAGCGUGGGCCUGACUGCUGAGAUGAGGUCCCUCUUUGUGAAUGUGUCAGACUAUCCUCCACCAGGGCCAGGGCUUUUUCAGUGACGGCUCCAACCUGGUAGAAUGCUCUGUCCCAUGAGACUAGGGCCCUGCAGGACUUGAUUUCCUUCCACAGGGCCUGUAAGACAGAACUAUUCUGCCUGGCCUUCCCUUCAGUUUGAAUUAGCCUGAUCCCCUAUUCCCUUUUCCCUUUCCUUUUUUAUGAAGAAACCCUUCUGGGACCCCAAAUGUAAACUCUUCGCUGGUCUCCUGCUGGCCCUAGUAGGACCAACUUGGCCAGUUAGCCCUGGUGAUCAUUUGAUGUUUACUGAUUGGGGUUCCCCCCCCCGCCCUAAAAUGACCCCUGAAUUUUAUUGACAUUGAUGCUGCAUUUAUGUUGCAUUUUAUGCUGUUUUUAAGUCAUAUUUUAAUCAGUGUUUUAUAUUUGCUGUUAGCCGCCCUGAGUUAUUAUUAUUAUUAUUAUUAUUAUUAUUAUUAUUAUUAUUAUUUAUGGAGGGAUAUUCGAGCCCCCUACAGGCAUACAAACCGAACAUCUGAAGGAGCAUUGUGCUCAGCCUAACACUUCACCACAAUUUCUCAGGUGUCUCCAAGACAUGAACGGGCAUCAAUAAAGGAGUAGGGCUCACCCCUCAGAUUCCCCAAUUGAGACUUCAUGCAUUCAUAACAAAUGCUUGAAUAGGGCUCCCAUGGCUCCUGUUUGUGUGAGUUCUAAUUUGGGUUCCGUAGAAUCUGAGUCAAAUCACCAUCAUUUUUGUUUAUGCUUUAUCCUAAAAUGCACAUCUUGGUAUGAAUUUUGUGGUGUUUUUGAGCUGAAAGUUAAAUUGCAGAAGCUGAAAUAUCUAUUGGUGGCAAGGAAAACAUAGGUAUAAAAGGAGAAUUCCUCAAUGCCAAUAUCCAAGUUUGCAGAAGUUCUCUCUGGUGAGAGAGCCCCAGGAGAGAUUUAAAAAUCACAAAAUAUGCAGCAAAUAUAGGCUGUUAGACCUUUAAAAUAUGCUCUUCUAUGUUCAUUCCAAGGUUACCCUCUUCCUCUAGCAUAGAAAAAAAUCACACAUUUGGUACAUUUAAAAUGUUUUACUUAAAUUUUUUUCAGAGGUUUGGUUCAUGUGCUUCUCCAUACACCAGUGAGGAAAUGCAGGCAGUAAAAUUUAGCUUAAUUACAGUGGUGAAAGUUCCUAAGUUGUUGGUAUAGGAAUUCAAGAAAGGCUUGUUAGAGCCAUGCGAUCUGAGCUUGGAUUAACCAGCUCAGUUCUCUUUACAUGCUAAACUGGGAGGGAAUAAUAGGCUUGAUUACCUUCCCCCAAGGUGACCUAGCUAAGCCUGGCAGGAGAGCUUGCUCUAUGGCGUUAACCCCUUCAUGUAUUAAUUAGACUUAAGCAUGUUGGUUAUAUGAGGCUGGUUUCCCCCCAAUACCCCUGCGCUCUGUAUAUUAGUGUAGGAAAUGAGAGUCUGCGUAAGUUGUUUUAAAACAUGGAUCAAAGGACAUCUUACAGCACUGCUGAGUGGGUGAAUUUAUGUGGGACAUAAUGGCUCUGAACACUGACUCUGCUGGUCAUUCAACUUCAGUUUGUUUGUUUGUUUGUUUGUUUGUUUGUUUGUUUUAUAUCCAGCACCAAGCGUCAAUGUCAGCAAAAUAGUUAAAGAAUGUCUUGUUAAGACUGACUGUGAAAAAAAGAAGAUAGGGGAGUCUGUUCUAGGGCUUGGAAAAAUUAAAACGUUUGAAUGCAACAAGGCCCCUGGAGCAGCUGCAUCUCUCCUCCUCGCUUUCUCCAGCCUCCUGUUGAUGAAGAGUCUCCUGUAAUGAAGUGCUGACAGCAGUACAGAAGAGUCCCCUUCUCAUUUCCAUGCAAAUACCUUCAGACCGAAUCACGUGUUUCACUGGAGAGAUCUGUUGUAAUUUCUGAUGUUUUGAGUAAGAACAAAUAAAGAGGAAUAAAUAAAUAAA